GUUUGGAAGCUGGCAAAAGUAUCAAACUGGAGACAAAUUCACAGUUUGGACAUCACUUUCGAAUAACUUGCAAGGAGGAAAAAGUUCUCCGUAACAAUUCAAAAUAUGGAAUAGUUGAUACACAGAAGAACGGUGUGAAAUUUACUAACAGCAAACUGAGCUCCGUCAAUGAUGAAUAUAUAAAGAACAGAGAAGAGUAUGAAGAGGCUCAGGAUGCAAUUGUUAAGGAAAUCAUUAACAUUGCUUCAGGUUAUGCAGAACCAAUACAGACGAUGAAUGAUGUGAUAGCUCAAUUAGAUGCAAUUGUCAGUUUUGCUCAUGUGUCGAAUGGAGCACCAGUGCCAUAUGUCCGUCCUGUCAUUCUGGAAAAGGGGCAAGGAAGGAUUGUGCUGAAGGGUGCCAGGCAUCCUUGCAUCGAAGUGCAAGAUGAGGUGGCCUUCAUCCCCAAUGACAUUACAUUUGAGAAGGGCAAGCAGAUGUUCCACAUUAUUACUGGCCCUAACAUGGGAGGAAAGUCAACCUACAUCCGACAGACAGGGCUGAUUGUUCUUAUGGCCCAAAUUGGGUGUUUUGUACCAUGCGACUCUGCAGAAAUAACCAUUGUGGAUUGUAUCCUGGCUCGGGUGGGAGCUGGAGACAGUCAGCUGAAAGGUGUGUCUACUUUCAUGGCUGAGAUGUUAGAAACUGCUUCAAUCCUUAGGACAGCAUCGGAAAACUCCCUGAUAAUCAUCGAUGAGCUGGGAAGAGGAACUUCCACCUAUGAUGGCUUUGGCUUAGCAUGGGCUAUUUCAGAAUACAUUGCUAGCAAAAUCUGUGCUUUCUGUAUGUUUGCUACACAUUUUCAUGAACUGACAGCUCUUGCUGACCAAGUGCCAACAGUAAAUAACCUACAUGUUACUGCUCUGACCAGUGAUGAGACACUGACAAUGCUUUAUCGUGUCAAGGAAG